AUGGCUGAGCCCGUCAACACGCCAGUGCCCGCCUCGACACCUCGCUCCACAUCGCCAGCGCCUCUGAAUCCACCUACCAUUCCAGUAUCUCUGGCCCAAUACAACAAAGGCUUGGUGAGCUCCAAGGCACGCGUCCUCCAAAUUGGCGAUGCCGUGCCGUAUAAUCCGGCAGAGGUUUCCAAAUUCAGAAAAGAGUUUGACGUGAUAUACAUUUCGCCUGCCGAAAGACGGCGCGACCAGUUCAAGACGGCCCUUCAGCAGGGGACAUGGGGCGACUUUCACGCAAUAUUCCAGCCAUCUUUGCACUCCGGCUACGAGAUGGGUGAAUGGGAUGCCGAGCUCAUCAACCUGCUACCGAAGAGCGUAAGGGUUUUUGCCAGCGCUGGCACUGACUAUAAUGCCAUUGAUAUACGACAAUUGGCACAACAUGGCAUCAUCUUUCGUGACGCUAGUUUCGCAGCCGUCGACGCUGUUGCCGACUUCACUACGGACAUGAUCAUAUCGGUGUUGCAUAACUUUCCGCAGUGCAUGGAAGCUGCAACGUCCAACGAUCCCGCAAAGUCUACCACAUGCCAUGAGACUUUGUCUCACAACCUUGACAGACAAACGGUGGGCCUUAUCGGCUUCGGGAAUGUCGGGGCGGGCAUUGCUAACCGCUGUGGACUUGGAUUGGGUGUCACGAUACACUGCUAUUGUCCCCCCUCGACAGACAUCCCCUCACCCGAGGCUCUGUGCGCCAAGGUAGAUGUUGUUUUUCAUGACUCUCUGGAGAGCCUGGUCAGCUCUGUCGACUGCGUGGUUCUGAGCGAGCCCAUCUUCGACAAGGACUCGCCGCCUAUCAUCGGCGUUCGCGAGCUCUCCUGGUUCCGCCCUGGGGCACGCUUGGUCAAUGCGGGGGGAGAGGGGCUCGUCGACUACGAGGCUUUAGCGGACGCCCUCGACAGCGGCUACCUGUCGUCGGUGGCGCUCGAUGCCUACUCCCUCGGAGGCCACAUCAACGCGCGUCUCAGGGAUCACGCCGCUUCCGGGAAGGCCAUUCUCACGUGUAAUAAUGCUAGGGGUACUGUCGAAACCGCGAAGGGUUGUGAGGAACUGGCCAUGCGCGAAAUCAAGUCUGUCAUAUUUGGCACGGGGCCCAACACCGCGAUCAACAUGAAUUACUUUCAACAAUGA